GGUUUGGACCCCCUGGUUUAUCAGUCGAUUCUAAAGCUCAAUUUUUUCAUUCCAGAAGCCACCCAGCCAGUUGGUCCAGUUCACUCAUCAUUCAACGUUGUUCACACUCUUUUUUUUCUCUGGAUGUUGCUUGCGAGUCUGGGAGCUUUUGGGGUUUUCUAAUAAUUAUAAUUGUUAAUGCUGUCUACGACCCUCACCUUGACCCCCCACGCUCGCCCUUCGUCUCGUUGGCGAGAUCGUCUCACCUAUCCCUGCCCUUUUAAGUCAGUCAUGACUCUGGAUAGGCAGUGAAGCAAGAUAAGACAAGUGCUUCUUAGAGCGCUCCACGAAUAGCAUAAAUUUUGGCCCUUGGGUGCCUCUUACAACUAAUACAAUGCUCCCGAGGUGGUCCAGCGUUUGCACUUUGCUCUACCUGGUCAUUUGCUUCGACUUGGUAGUUGCGGGUCCAUAUAGACAAUAUCCGAGACAAGAUGCCUCUCCUGUGACAACAGAGGCCCCAACAACGACACGAGAUGGAGAUAGAGGAACAACGACGACUUCACCGAUUAGCUCGGAUACUACCACUGACUCGGAAGAGGCUACCUCUGUCGAAGUUACGACUAGCACGGCCAGUAGUACCUCAGAAUCAACUGCGAUACCAUCUGCUAUCAAUGGAAAUAAUCCUAGUAACGAGAGUUUUUCUGAACAGCCCCCCAUCGAAGAUGGCGAAUUGCCGUUGCAGCCUCGACUUACCCCCGGAUGGGGUGUUUCUGGUGCGAUCAUGCUCAUCACUGGUGUUGUAUACGCUCUGAUCGGUAUUAAAAACCCAUGGCUACAUACAUUCUUCUCCUCAGCGUAUCUCGCUAGUCUGUCUGUUACAGUUUUGAUCGUAUAUGUCAUGAGCCCCCCUAUAUCGGAUGGAAUUCAGGGAGCGUACGUCGUGGCAGCGGUUUGCACCGGUAUUAUCGUUGGUGGAGCUGCUACUGUUUUCAAGGAACUCACCGAGGGUCUUGGAUGUCUUCUAGGUGGCUUCUGUUUUGCCAUGUGGUUAUUAACAUUACGCGAAGGCGGCCUUCUUCCCACCACCGUCGGUAAAGUGAUAUUCAUCACUGCCUUCACGCUUGUAGGUUUUGCGUUCUACUUCAGCCGUCAUACGAGGCCGUACGCUUUAAUCGGAUUGAUGUCUUUCGCUGGCGCAACUGUUUCGGUCUUGGGAAUCGACUGUUUCAGCAGAGCUGGUUUGAAGGAAUUCUGGGCUUACAUCUGGAACUUAAACGACAACCUUUUCCCUUUUGAAGCAGAUACAUAUCCACUGACUAAGGGCAUAAGAGUGGAAAUCGCAAUAAUCGUUGUGCUGACUGUUCUUGGUCUGAUAUCUCAGCUCAAGCUAUGGCGUGUAGUUCAGGAACAUCGCACGAAACGAGAUGAAGAGCAAGCGGAGUUUCAAAGGAUGCGCGACGAAGAGGAGGCCGUCAUCGGACGACAAAUCGAGGAAAAUAACGAGCGCGAAAGAAGACAGUGGGAAACGACUUACGGAGACCUCCCACCGUCAGAGUCAUCCCGUGACUCGGGUGUUGGGGAGAUAGAGAAUGAAAAGAAGGGUCGGCUCAGCCAAUCUACAGUGCAGCCUAUAUCCCCAAGUGCAACCGAUAACGAAAACACCAUCGAGAUGACGGAUCUCCAACCAUCUGAGGAUGGCACUUCUUCUCAAGUGGCGAAACGGGUGGAAAAUGGCCUUGUGGUUGCCGAGCAAAAUGAAAGUAAUCAAGUAACAGUCAGAGUUUCAAGGGAUGACUGUCCUAAUAGUGAUGAUGACGGCUCACCUAUGCCCGAGCCGGACGAAAAAGCUUGGAUAGCAGGAAUUGACGAGAAAGGACGGCCAUCAUCCAUGAUAUCACCCUCUAACUCCCGAAGGUUUUCGAACUUGGCUGGUCCCGAUAUUACCCCCUUGCCCUUCAAGGUCCCCGAACCGCAUGGAGAAGAGGAGGAAGAUAAAGAUGACGAGGAUCGUUCGACAGUUGCAACAUUUGCAGACGAGGAUGAAAGAUCUAUAACCCUGAGCAAGAGAGCCUCAAGGGCAUCUCUGUCGCACAGGCUCUCAAUGGGCUCGGCCCAUAUAUUACGAAGCUUUUCUCAACGAUCUCAAAAGUCUAAGCGACAGACUGGUGAAUUUGAAUCAACACAACUGUCGCUGAAGAAUGGAGAAAGUGUAGAAGAUUUGGUACCUAGGAAACGAAGUGUUCCUGAAGAUUCUGGCUCGAUCGCUGCUACUGCUGAUGGAUUAAGCACCAAUGGCGAUGAGAAAACAGAGUCAGGAGAGGUCGGUGAAUCGAAUCAGGCAAUGGAGAUCAAAGCAGAAUUGGCGGAUAGAUUACCGACAGACAAGCAAAUCGCUGCAGAUAAUAUGUCGGCUGCACAACCAGAGCCAGCUGACCCUGGGACACAAUUGAAUACUCGGCCCUACUCCACAGUCGAGACAGCGGCGGCUGAUAUCUUAAAGCCAUCUCUAUAUGGGAUAAGUGAGCUACACAACUCUCCUACCGCGACGGAAGCGAAGGCUCCCUCCGACACAUCAAAGGCUGCCAAGUCUACGUCCUCCGCAAGCCUUACUAAGGAACGACUUCCUUCCAGUCUAUCUCGUGUGGCACUAUCAUAUCGUACAAACGAGUGGGCAAAACAUUUGAGUCUAGCAGAGAAGCCCGAGCCCGAUCACUUACAGUUGAAUGAAUACCCCAAGCAAGAGGAGAUUGCAAGCCCGCAAGCAGAAGCACCAGUCCCUGUUAAAGUCGACGAACUUCAGCAGACAUCGGAAAGUGGAGUUCCAGCGGCCCCUAUAGUGAGAUCCCCUUCCUCACUCUCACAUACUCAGUCAGCCGUGACGUUCCAACGUUCGCCAUCAGGGGCAUCCAUACCAGGAGGGUCGAACAUAUUACAAUCAGCAGCACCUUCUGUGCCUCUAGCGGAUGAGAUGCAAGAAACCACCGACAGGCCAGGACUUACGAAAGGUACACAGCUACAUUCUCAGACAAAUCACAACGCACGAAUGAAGAACCGCCGACAGCCAGGCGAUGCUAUCAUUCAACCAAUUCUAGAAGAGAAGAAUGAUGAACACCUUAGCACCAAAACUUCGCAAGAAGAUCUCCGGGAGUUUUCUCCGAAUCCUAGCCCACCUCUGCCUGGAAGGCCUGAUACACAGAAUCUAAGCCGUUCAUCAAUUCCAGGCGUCGUCUCAUACUCGAGCCCACAGACAUUAAUGGGCCAGCGAGAGACGUACAUACGCACUAAAUCUCAAUCCACCUUGAUACUAUCGCCGCCAAUACCUGAGGCUACUCAAUACGCCCCCAGGCCAGCUACUCAGAUGGACCUUUAUAACUACUCACCACCUGUGCCCCUCGCUAGUCAGGAUGCCGACGAUCUUCCUCUCAGUCAGCGGAAAGAACUCAUGCGCCAAAAUAGCAUGCUUUCUGACAAUUCCAUCGGGGUAAACCAUAGGCCGAGUAAUGUUGCGAGAGCAUCCUUUACACUCAGCCCCAGUGCGCCGAUUAUGGCUGACAACUUAAAAUUUGAUUCGCAUCAGCCUCAGCGACGAUCGACGGUCUCUCCACAGGCAAUCCGCGAUUCUAAGCUUGCCAAUUUCCGACAAUCAGUCGCAGCAGAGCUAAGAGCUGGUACGCCAAUUUUGCCCGUCGGCAUCAAUGGACGGGAAACCCCUCUUCGGUCUUCCUCGACCCCCUUGCUUGGAGCCACGGGUAUGCGGACUGGAAACAACGAGAUCCAGAACAGCAUUGACCAGCAAAGGAAUCUGCUUCUCUCUCAGAGGGAGCAAGAGGCUCAGAGAAAGGAGCUUGAGCGUCGGGAGAAAGAACGCAACGAGCGCGCGUUCGAGGAGAUGAUGCGCCGUGGAGAUCUCAUGGAUGCCCACCGCGAAGCCAUUCGCAGGAUGCAAGGCACCGUAAGAGAUUAGUAGGGGGAGGGUAUACUUGGAGGAUAGAGAAAAAGAAGAGGAGGUAUUAAAUGCUAUGAGCAUAUGUGUGCAUACAUAGAUGUGGUCACGGAUAUACGGGUUCCCUCUUUAUGUUAGGUCAGGCUUAGGGCUGGAGGAGGGAAGGAAGGAAGGAACUUGAUACCCCUUUAUUUCUCUG